AAAACAACAAUAUAUUAUGUUAUAUGUAUAUAUAUCAUAUAUAUAUAUAUAUAUUCAUAUAUUGUUAUAUUUAAAGAUAUUAUUUAUUUAUAAAUAGAAACGCAAAAAAAUAUCAUUGGAGCAGCGACUUGUAAUGUUGCAAUUUAUGGAGGAACAUCCGGAUCUUGCACAAAAUCGAGUGCAAGGUACAGAUGCAAAAAAGAAAAGUAAUAUGCUGUGGGAGCAACUUACUAGUAAUCUCAACAGUUGCGGAAGUGGGACUACAAAGACUGUUGAUAAAUGGAUUAAAUCAUGGCGAGAUUGGCGCGUUGAUGUAAAAGCAAAGGCAGCAAGAUUAAAAAGUUACCAGAAAGGUACAGGAGGAGGAGGCGCAAACGGAAAUCCUCUGCUAGAAAUAGAAGAGCGAUUAAUAUCCUUAAUAGGAAUAGAGGCAGCGAUUGGUCAUGAAAAUAUUAUAGAUCCAGCAGAGGUUAAUAUAUUUAAAUUUAUUAUUUAGUAAUAAAUUAAAUUAAAUUAAAUUAAUUCCUUUAUUACUUUUGCUUCCUCAUAGAAAGUUUUAUUUUUAUAAAAAUUUGCACACUUUUUAUCUUCUCUUUCUAUCCAUUUUAUUUAUUUAUCCUCUUCAUUCCUUUUUUUCUUAUAUACAGCCAGAAGAUUGGACAGAGCAUGUGUUACCAGUUAUUAAUGCUACAGAAUCCCCCUUAAGAAAUCCUCACUCUAACAAUUCCACCGCGUCUAGACACAAUGCAUACAACACACUCACACAUACAACACACACAACACACAAUACACAACACGCAUCUUCUACUCAAAUACACACACGCAAAACAUGCAACACACAACGUACACGGAACACACUUUCAUCUUCUCCUCCGUCAACCUCUCUCCCAUCAACAUCUUCAGUUACUCCUCAAAUGCACACACAUAACACACAGCAAACAACACACACACAACGUACACACAACACACUUUUAUCUUCUCCUCCGUCAACUUGUCUGCCAUCAACAUUUUCAGUUACUCCUCAAAUGCACACACAUAACACACAGCAAACAACACACACACAACGUACACACAACACACUUUCAUCUUCUUCUCCGUCAACUUGUCUGCCAUCAACAUCUUCAUUUACUUCUCGCAUAUUGUUCACAUCUCCACCUGUUCAUCCUACUUCCCCAAAUCUAUCAAAUACCACUCCACUCCAUUCUAAAUCUCCUUCACCUGAAUUAACACUUAUUCAUAACAAAAAUAAUGAAGCAACCUUGCGUUCUUCUCCUACACUACAUCUUCCUUCUGGUUCCGAAAAAAA